CCUUGUACAUCAUCCCCCUGCCCAAGUGCUCAAAUCCCUGUCACAAAAAUGUCUUCUAUACUUCUCUAAUCUCAAAUCACCUGUGUCUUACUCAAUCUUCUGGUUUUGAGUAAGCAGAUGCCCCAGCCAGUAUGGCUCAGGAUGCUCAGGAUCCCACGACGCCGGCAUCAGAGAUGCCCUCUGUCCUCGUCUUGCUACUCGUGUCAUUCAUUGCCAUAGGUCUGUACAAUGGCCUCGAACUCUUCUUCUGGAUCUUCGACUUUUUCAAGCACCGCCGCGGCUGCUACUUCUGGAGUAUGAUCAUCAGCGUCAUAGGCCUCCUGAUGUUUGCCGUCGCCCAAAUCAUCCUUUUCUUCAACCUCGCGUCCACAUAUGUUUGGGGCGUCCUCAUUGCCUUUGGAUAUGUCAUCAUGUCCACUGCCCUCGUUAUGGUCCUCUACUCUCGCCUCCACCUCGUCACCAGCCAACGCAUCUCCCGCUACGUCCUCUGGCUCGUCAUCAUCACUACUCUGCUAUUUCCCAUCCCCAUGCAGAUCAUUUUCUUCGUUGGAAUCUUCAAGCCAAGCAUGCGUGCUAUCCAAAUCAGUCUCAUCUACGAACGCCUCGUCGUCACCGUCUCCUGCGCUCGCGAGUACAUCAUCCUCGGCAUCUACAACUUCGAGGCCUUCCGGAGUCUCAAACCCGUCAUCUCUAUCAAAGGCCGCCAAGGCCGGAGAGUCCGCCAGAUCCUCGUCGCAACGACGCUCAUCAUCGUCUUUCUGGACGCAGGACUCUUGAUCACGGAGUUCCAAGACCGUCGAGUGAUCAAAAUGACGUACAGCUCCUUCGCCAUCAGCGUCAAGCUAAAGAUGGAAUUCGCCAUUCUCAACAAACUCAUCAAUCUCGUCCAAGCCCCCUCCAUCUCCUCAAGUCUCCCGUCUGACCCGCUUUCAUCUGAUCAACAGCCUAUCAAUCCACAAUCUCGUCCGCGUUCCCGUGCUCAUUCCAUCGCCCAUGCAUGCAACCCCUUCCGACGCAGUAACACCCCCAACUCCCGAGCCGAGAACUGUCUGGCAUCGGCGGAGUUGGGGACCAAUGGCACCUGCACGAGGACCCGACGGUGCACACUAGACGAAUACCACGAGUCCGUGAACGAGCAGGCAAGCGGUACCCACCACACCCCGGCGUCCGAGAUGCACACGUUCGUCAGCUCUUCGUCGCAGGCCCUCUCGUUAGAUGAGUUGGUUCGGCAUCCGAGCGCGGCCUUGUCAUCCGGGUCGGGUAAGGGGGUGGUGGUUACUCACGAGAGCAAGUGUUGAGGCCGGGCGGGUGAAUGAAUGAGCGGUAUCAUCAUCACCCGCACCACCAUCGGCCUCGUCGUCAUCCCCGUCGUCAAUCUCAUCGCGACGGAAUACCUUGAGCUAAACAAAGGCUCAUGAGGUUCGCGCUUUACAUAUCAGGCGUUUGGUUAAUAAUAGGUCGCGUGUUAGCAUGUACUAUAGAUGAAGAGGAAAAAGGUCUAAAAACAUAGCACAAUCAGAGACCUAGGUCUCCUAAUUGUCAAUUCUAUAAGGAUCUACGCUGGGGAGGGGGUAGGGGGGCAUGUAAGCCCGGGAUUUAUGUAGUCCGUCACUAAGGGUUCUAACC